CUGGAGGCGCGGUAACGCGUCUGCGGCGCGCCCAGCCUUUUAUCUCUGAGCUAUAAAGGUCCAGGCUCCGCGAAGGCUGCGUCAGUCUGCAGACAAGCGUGGCGGCGUGCGCGGUCAGACAUGCUUCCCGAACAGGAAGAUGUGAAGCCAUUCAAGGAGAACCAAAUAUAUGAAGAGCUACAGGAACAAUGUUUGAAAAAUGGUUGUAAUUUUGAAGACCCUGAGUUCCCAGCAUGUGCAUCUUCACUGGCAGUAGCUACACGUGGCUUGAAUAUUGAAUGGAAAAGGCCCAAGGACAUUACGAAUGGUGCAGUAUUUUUGAUGGAUGCUUCACCCUCUGAUGUAAUUCAAGGUGAUCUGGAUGAUUGCUGGUUCUUAGCUCCUGCUGCAUUCCUCACUCAGAAGCCUGACUUGUUCAGCUUUGUUGUGCCCUCUAAUCAGGACAUCGAAUCAGGUAUUUUGCAUUUCAGGUUUUGGCAGGAAGAUGAAGGUUUAUGGGUUGAUGUAGUAAUAGAUGAUCGUCUUCCAGCACAACAAGAUGAAAUCACUGGAAAUUGGAAUCUCAUCUAUGCCAGAUCAGGGCAAGAUCAACAGUAUUGGUGCCCUCUGCUUGAAAAAGCAUUUGCAAAACUAAAUGAGUCUUAUGAUAAUCUAAAUGGUGCGAAUGUAUCAGAAGGACUGCAGUGUCUAACAAGUUACAAAUGUCAGGAAGUAGAAAUUUAUGAAGAUAAUCUCAACGAAAUACUGAAUGUAAUCACAGAAGGGGGGAAAAAUGGUUCCUUCAUGGGUUUCAAUGUGAAGCAUACAUCUCCUGAAUUCAGAAGAAGGCAUAUAUAUACUAUUGGUGAAGUGUACCACGAUGACAGUGAUGGCACAUGCUGGCUGAAAAUUCAUGGUGCCAGCGACAGCUUCACUGGUUCUAUUGGAUUACACACCAGGACACCACCUUCAGAGCUCUCUGCAGAAAAUGAAUUGUGGCUGCCUGUGGACGAAUUUUGUGGGAUUGGAGAAAUACUUUUUGUGUCACAUUCAUAAAUUUACAACAAAAACAGCAGCAUACCUCACCUGAAAGCAGUGACAAUAUCAUUCCGAAGAAAUUUUGUCAUCAUCUUGUUGUAUAAUUUCAAUAAGCUGCACAUAUGACAUAAUUCAGAUGUAUUACACAAUCUAAUUUCAAUCAUUAUUUUUACAGAAAAAUUAAAAAAGCAUACAGCAUUCCAAUAAAAACAGACACUCUUUCAUUGUAA